AUGACCAGGAGCUAUAGAUUCGGAAUAAAAUUUUUUUUAGUGUUAAGUUUUUUCGGGUCAGGUUUGUCUGCUGCUUGCUUGUACUUCAUUACGUCUUCAUUCGAGAAUAUCGUGUUAUCUUCCGUAUUUGAAGCUCUUUCCAGCUUGGGUAUAGGUUUAGUAUUUUGUAUAAGUGUUGAACUAUUUCCAACAGAAUAUAGAGGCGUCGCUGUAUCAAUUGGUUCUAUGUUUGGAAAAAUUGGUGCAGUUAUUGGCAACAUCGUAGUUGGUGUAUUUAUAGAUGCACAUUGUAUGGUUCCUAUUUUAGUAUCGUGCUCUUUUUUGAUAAUUUCAGGGUUAUUAGUCUUAACAUUACCAAAAACUGGAAGAAUCGCCAUAAAAUGAACAUAUAAUAUUAGAAGACAGAACUUUAAUCUUGUAUCAUUAAACAAUUAGUAUAUCCUGUUUUUUUUACAAUUUUAAAUACAUUUAUAAAUUUAUUUUUGUUCGUACAAAAAUAAAUACCUUCAUAAUGUAUUACGGAAGUAAAUAAAUAUUUAUUAAACUUGAUAAACAAUUAAAGAUUUGUAAAGAAAAAUACAUAGGUAUGUAUGUACAUUUCAUUACGUUUGGUGUCUACUAUGUCGAGGUACUUUCUGAAAAUGUAUUCAAAACUAUAUUUUGUGAAUGUUUGUUAUUUUUUUACCUUUUAUUAAAUAUAUCAGUAUUUUCAAGUACACGGAAUUACGUAACUCACUAUAAACAUAGUAACGGAGUUACAGUAAUGCGUUACUUUCAUUACGUUACUACCCAACACUGGUAAUACUAUAUUAUGUUUUUGUGUUAUAAUUGUGUGAUGACGUGAUGUGAUAAUUUUAUAUUAAAUAUUAUAAUAAUACAGCGCUGUAUAGAGAAGUUAAAUUUUUAUGGAAAUAUGAAUAAGCAAUAAAACAAUUACAAUUUUUGAAAAUACUUGUGCUCGGAGAAUAUUUUUUAAAAGAUCCUACAACACUUCUUGUAGAAUAUUUGGUAUUAUCGGGCUUAAACUGCUUCUUUGGUUACAAAUACUUCUUUUUAUCGAAUCUUCGGAUGGUAAUUCAAUUAAUAUGUCUUUUGGUACAUUUUGUACGGUUUAAGCAAACAUUUGUCCUGGAUUGUUACAAGUCUGAAGUUAAUAUUCCUUAGUAAUUUGUUUGAUUUUCAUGCGACUUCUAUUGAACCUUUAUUAGUAGCAUGAUACUUUUCUUGUUCCAUAAACGUAUACUUUGAUUUUCAUAAU